GACUCAACCUCUCUCUCGGGCCAAUCAACGACUCCUGUUAUUUGGUCUAAAGUGCUAUGUACGGAAAUGAUUGAUCAAGUGGCAUGAAUGUGGUGCUGGUCGAGCGUUUUCGUUUCUCAAAGUGGUAAAGAGAUUGUUCACCCUUCCCCCACUCCUCGCUACAGACGCAGCUAGCUGCCCGCUUUGACCAAGGUGUAUACACACACGGGCAAGCAGCGGUCCAAGAAAGAAGUCGCCGACGAUCUCGGAAUAUGCUACAACGCCGCGUCAUUGAAGCUGCCACACGGCCGGAUUGUCUACCCGUCAUGAGCUACGUGUGGUGCUGUGUUUUGUGUGAUCGUGCUUGACGUCGCUAAACGCGUCGUUUCAUAUAUUUUUUUUUCCGCUCCGGGUUCUCCUUGUUUUCCUCCGAAGCUUGCAUCCAUGUGGGCCGCCGUGAUCUUGUUUGGGUGCCCCGGUCCGUGCCACCGUGCCUCACGAUCGGAUUGCUGAGUUUCAUCGCGGCAAACAGGCGGCAGAAGAGGAGGAGGAAGGAGGUCGUCGUGCGGCGACAGGGGUUGGCCCGGUGGCCGGCCCCGUUCAUGUAGCGGCGGGCCCAUGGCUGGUGUCCGGCUCGGGGCGCUGCUGCACGCGGCGCUCCUGCUGCUGCUGCUCCUCCUGGCGCUCGCAUCGGCCCCGGCGCUGGGCCGAAGCGCCGCCGCGCUCGUGGCCGACCACCGCUGGGGCCCGUCGCCAGAGCGCAUAACAACGUUGAUGAAGCGGAGCCCCAGCCAGCUAGCCUCCUCAUAUCCUGUCGGUCGUUACUCUAGGAAUCCAAAUCGCACGAUAUGUGGCCACAUAGAGGUGCGAAAUCGGGUGAGCAGCCUGGUGGCACACCUGGGCAACUGCUCGGUGGUGGAAGGCUCUCUCAUGGUCAUGAUGACACGUGCGGAAGAUGAUAUCUGGGCGAAUUUGAGUUUCCCCCACCUGACGGAGAUCACGGGCUUCCUGUUCUUCUACCGAGCCAUCGGGCUCCAGUCGCUGGGACGACUCUUCCCAAACCUGGCUGUCAUCCGGGGUAAUCAGUUAUUUCAGAACUAUGCCCUGGUGGUGUUUGAAGUGGAGACGCUAGUUGAGUUGGGGCUGUCGCGGCUCACCGACAUUCAACGAGGGGCGGUGCGCAUCGAGAAGAACCCCAACCUGUGCCACGCAAACACGGUGGACUGGAACCGCAUAGCUCCGCAUGCGGCUGACGUCCAUCACAUUGUGGACAACCGGGACCCCUCGGAGUGUGCGCCCUGCCCCGAGCACUGCCCCUUGAGGGAUGGCCGUGCGGGUGCGGGCAGCCGCCUCUGCUGGAACCGCGAACGCUGUCAGAAGGUGUGUCCUUUGGCUUGUGACCGAAACCACACGACCUGUGACAACGAGGCUGGCACACGCUGCUGCGACCCCAAGUGCCUUGGUGGCUGUGGUGCUGGCUCGGAAAGGGAACUCUCAGUCUGCACGGCCUGCUUACACUAUACAUACGAGAAUGGCUGUGUCAACACCUGCCCACCAAAUACCUAUGUGUUCAUGGGACGGCGCUGUGUAGAUGAGGCGUACUGCAGACGGCAAGAAGCAACAGUAGAAGGCAGCAUCCGGACCUUCAUUCCCUUCAACGGUUCAUGUACACUCGACUGCCCGCCCAACUAUGUCCGCGAGGGCCAGACAUGUCGCCAAUGCCGCGGGAUUUGUCCCAAAGUGUGCUCGAGUUUUCUGGUUGACAGCAUUUCAUCUGCCCAGAAGCUCAAGGGGUGCACAUACAUUAACGGGUCACUGGUCAUCCAGAUUCGUGGAGGAGGGAACAUAAUGAAGGAGCUGGAGACCAAUUUGGAUAUGAUAGAGGAGAUCAGAGACUACCUCAAGGUCACCCGAUCAAACCAGCUCAUCUCCCUGAACUUUCUGAAGAAGCUUCGGAUCAUCCACGGCAAGGCACUUGACCGAACAUAUUACUCCCUCAUCGUCCUGGACAACCAGAACCUGCAAUUACUCUGGGAUUGGUCAAGCCAGCCAUCCAAUCGCACGCUCACCCUGAACAAUGGCAGGGUGUUCUUCCACAUCAAUCCCAAGCUGUGCAUCAGUCGAAUUGGGGAGCUGAAGAAGCACACAAACAUCAAGGAGUGGAGCGACCAUGACGUAUCGCCGCACACCAACGGAGAUCGGGCAGCAUGUGAUGUUCACAAGAUUAACGCCACGCUUAGCAAAGUGGGGAACAAGUUUGCUGUCAUCAACUGGUCCUUGCAGUUUGAAGCAGUGAUUUACGAUAAGCGGUCUCUUCUUGGCUAUGUGGUGUACUACCGGGAAGCCCCGUUUCAAAACGUGACACUCUAUGAUGGUCGGGAUGCUUGCAAAGGAGAUGUGUGGAAGAUGGUUGAUGCAGAAGUAGGUGUUGAUGUCCAGAUCAUUGCACACCUAAAGCCGUUCACGCAAUAUGCUGUCUAUGUCAAGGCCUACACGCUGUUCACGACAACCUCAACACAAGGGGCACAGAGUGACAUCUUCUACUUCAAGACCCUUCCUGCAUCACCAAGCCAGCCUCAGAACUUGAAAGCACAUCCUGUUAAAGACUCAAAACUUCUCAUCAGCUGGACGCCACCAAAGCACCCCAAUGGGGAUGUACGGUACUAUCGAAUAGUGGGCAUAGCCCAGCCCAGUGCUCCUCAACACCAGUACUUGGGCGAGAACCGAGACUAUUGCAUUGACCCGGCACUCGGAAUUCGGGGCAAGUCAGACGGCAAAGAUCCACUAGCCCCCGCACCGUCAGAGCCUGCCGAAAAACCAAUAGUCAAGUCCCCUGACAGUUCACCUGCCAAGCCACCAUCGAAUGACACCUGCCCACCUUGCCUGUUCCCUCAGGACCGUGAGGUCAAUGAAGAAGAAGUUGAGGAUCGGGCAAGCUUUGAGGACGCCAUACAUAACGUUGUCUUUCUGAGAAGACCAGACCCGAUUGCUGCAACAGAAAGGCAUAAGCGCUCGUACCUGCAAGGAGGGAGUGAGGCAGGGCUUGGCAACGGCCUGGAGGGAGAGAGUGCAAGUACUGCGGAAAUCACCACUUCCCCAUCGCCGCUGUCUCUGCCCUCGUCGGCACUCCCUCCGACGCCCUUGAGCUCACCUGCUGCUGCAGUUGGCUUACAAAACGGAGGCUCCUCUGUCAAGGAGAUGCUGGACGUCUUCGACGCAUGCGACUCGUCUAACGGCAAUGCAUCCUCAUCGGAGCACCACUUUUGUGCCUGGGUGUCUAAUCAGACACAGAUGCUGCAAGAAGGGCUGCACCACUUCACGGAUUACUCAAUACGGGUCCUUGCUUGUCACAAGAAGUUGCUGAACCGGCUCAAGCAGCCUCUCUACAAUUGUGAGACUGAUUCAAAGUUUGAGAACGAGCCAAUGUGUUGCAGCGUUGAGUCCCUCACACGGAUCCGCACACUUCCCCUCCCUGAUGCAGACGAUAUCGACAGCUCUUCAGUGGUGGUCCAGCACGAAAAUACUACCACUUCUGAUGGAAGCGUCGGCGGCCUCUUUGUAAAGUGGGCACCACCGCCAGACCCCAAUGGCUUUAUUGUGUCUUACCAAGUCGAGUACAAAAUGGUCAACCAAGAAAAGGUUCGGCACGUUUCAUUUCUUUCAAAGGAACCUUCAAAGGAAAUGAAGAGGAAAAAAAAAUAUAUAUUUCUCGGAAAACAGCUCUCAAUAAUCUGUUGAUGUUAUAUCAUUUUUUUCUGUGCAUUAAAAGGACGCCUUGCACACGUGCGUCGUGAAGAGUGCAGUUGAAUUUGACAUUAUCACUUCAGAAAAGCUGUUGCCCCUCUUUUCCUUUAUUAUUUUCUUUCCUCAUUAAGUGGAAAUUUCACCUCUCGCCACAUUACUAAAAAUCAUAGAAUGCCAACUAGUUGAAGAAAAAAAAAAAGCUUGAUACAAGGUGGGGUGCAAUUUUUGGGAGUUUAGAAUAACUAUAGUGACAAAGAAAAAAGGAAAAAAAAGAAACAAUUCAUUGAGCAGAGUUGAUUUCUAGGAAAUUAAGAUUAUGUAGCAAAA